AUGGCAGAUCGUCCACGAGACUGUCCCGAGUCCAACAAAGUACGUCUGGACAUGGGCAGAGCGCUCUUCGACCACGUCAGCGCCGUGUACUACAUGACAGCCGAUUGCUACGAGACGGCAAAGGAAGAGCCCGAGGAACUAUUGCCCGUUCUCAACUUCCUGGUGGACUUGGGAGACCUGGCCUGUUACACAAGGCAAGUCAACUGCUAUUAUGGAGGCACCAUCGAGCAUCAUGAUUUGGUGAGGGCAUUGGUGGAUAACCUCGAGCUGCAGUGCUCGGAGAUGGAGUCCGUAUGCCAGGACGUGGUGAAGAAGGGCCCCUUCUACGAGAACUUGGCCCUGGGGCAGGGCGAGCUUUUCGGUGAGGUUUUGGACAGGCUGGCUGCCUAUGUGGCCAAGCUGUUUUGGAAGCAGCAGGGCCGGGCCAAAGCACCAACGCUGGCAACGGUGCUCUCCCACGCAUCGACGUGGACCCUGGGAGGUGAGUUUGCGUCCGACUUCGACGCAUGUGGUCCAGGACUGCAGCCACGCCGUGUGCAUCGCUUGGAUGGGGAGAUCUCAGACUUCGCAUCCAGCCAUGCCAUAUUCCUCACACAGUCUCGGGUCUUGGAGGUCUUCCUGACGCGCGGCCACGAUGCCGGGCCUUCACCGCUAAUCGUGAACCUGGGCGCUGGCAGGCAUGACCCGGCAAACUGCCUCCUUGAGCGAUCAGGUGACUUUGGGGCCAUCCUUUUCGAGAUCGAUCCAGAGCGGGCGGAGGAUCUCCGGCUGCGCUUCGGUCGCCGACCAGAGGUGACUUUAAUUACGGAGCUGGUGCGCCCGAAGUUCUUUGCGGAGCGGUUGCUCCCAUUUGCCCCAGGGCCACCACCGCAACAUUUUCCUGCUCUCUUGAAAAUUGACGUGGACAAUGGUGAUUGCGAUUAUCUUGCCGUUUGGCUGGAAACGGGGUAUUUGCCUUUAGUGAUCCACAUCGAGAUUGUGCACUCCUACCUCCCGCCAGAGAUCGGGCUGUCCAUUCCAUUUGACCCGGCAAAGUCUCCAGGUAACGUCAGCCAUCAGUACAGUGAGGCGCCGAUGAUGUCGGUCGGCUGCUCUUUGGGUGCAGCGCUGCACCUGCUCAGGAGCCACUACGCAUUGCUCACAUGGAGCUACUUCAAGCCUGUGCAUGUGGAGUUCGUGCUAACCUCCUGGGCCGAAGAGCAUAAGAUUGAAGCAGUUCCGACCGACCAAAUUCCAGCAUUCUGGCGCCACGUCGUAUCCUAUCGGGAGGUGUUCCACCCUGAUCACUACCAUGGCUUGGAGCUGGAUCCGCGGCAGAUGGUGGCCGAGGGACUGUCCUUGGAAGAGAAACAGGCGAUGCUACUGGAUUCACAGGAGGCGCUCCAUGGGCAGCACAUCGUUCCCGAGCGGCUGGACGAUGUCCCCUAA